UUAAAUGCCGCUACAUUACAGAUUUCACUCUCAUAAAUGUAAUAUUGCGUUUCGUAUCGCUUGAGAUUAUAAAUUUUGCCAUUUUGUGAACAUCAUUCAAUAUUGUUAUACUAUCACAAUGUCUUUUGCGGGAAAAGUUGUUCUGAUAACAGGGGCCAGUUCAGGAAUUGGAGCUGAAACAGCUAUUCACUUUGCUCAGCUUGGUGCAUCGUUGUCGAUAACAGGACGUAAUAAACAAAAUUUAGAAAAGGUAGCCGAACAAUGUGGAAAAUCUAAACCGUUCAUUGUAACCGGAGAUCUAGCCAAUGAAAAUGAUGUGAAAAAUAUUAUCGAUUCGACGAUCAAGCAUUAUGGCAAAUUAGAUGUUUUAGUUAAUAACGCUGGAAUUGUAAGAUUCGGUAAUAUAGAAAUUCCAUUGGAACACUACGACAAUAUUAUGAACGUAAAUGUUCGUUCGGUAUUCCAAUUGACAGCACUGGCAGUACCAUAUUUAAUCAAAACCAAAGGCAACAUUGUAAAUGUUUCAAGCGUGGCUGGAUUACGACCACUGAAGAAUAGUCUGCCAUAUUGCAUGAGUAAGGCGGCUCUGGAUCAAUUUACGCGUUGCGUUGCUUUAGAAUUGCAUCACGACAGGUGCAUGUCUUUUGCGAGAAAAGUUGUUCUGAUAACAGGGGCCAGUUCAGGAAUUGGAGCUGAAACAGCUAUUCACUUUGCUCAGCUUGGUGCAUCGUUGUCGAUAACAGGACGUAAUAAACAAAAUUUAGAAAAGGUAGCCGAACAAUGUGGAAAAUCUAAACCGUUCAUUGUAACCGGAGAUCUAGCCAAUGAGAAUGAUGUGAAAAAUAUCAUCGACUCGACAAUCAAGCACUAUGGCAAAUUAGAUGUUUUAAUUAAUAAUGCUGGAACUUGGGAAGCCGGUGGUAUAGAGACCACAAGCUUGGAAAAAUAUGAUAAUAUUAUGAACAUAAACGUUCGUUCGGUAUUCCAAUUGACAGCAUUAGCAGUGGCACAUUUAGUCAAAACGAAAGGCAACAUUGUAAACGUUUCUAGCUUAACUGGAUUACGACCAGGAGUAGGUUUUUUGGCAUAUUACAUGAGUAAGGCGGCUCUAGACCAAUUUACGCGUUGCGUUGCUUUAGAAUUGGCAUCACGACAGGUGCGAGUUAAUGCCGUAAAUCCUGGCCUUAUAGAAACAAACAUCUUUCGGAACUCUGGAAUGAAUCAAGAACAGCUUAAAAACUUUUUCAAGAAGCUGCAAAAGAUACAUGCUUUAGGAAGAAAUGGUGAUACUUCGGAAGUCGCAAAGGUCAUUAUAUUUCUAGCAAGUGAUGAUGCUAGUUUUAUCACAGGGGUGACAUUGCCUGUAGAUGGAGGUGCGCAUGCUCUGUCUCCUGUUUCUAUACAAUCUGACUAAACGAUAUAU